CCAAUUGGCCAAGAACGACACACACUUCUCCAGUAGCAGUCAACCAACUCAGCCAUGAAAGCCAGCCUAGUCCUGUUGUGCCUUGCCCUUUUCGUGGCCGUCGUCCUGGCCUGCGAUCCCGAUGGCAAUAAUCAGCCCAUCUGCAACAGCACCCUCGUGGGAAAGAAAAUUCGCAACUUCUGGGAUCCCACACGCUAUUGGACAUGUGAAACUGAUUCUGGAAAUGGUACCGCUGUACGCUGCCCAGAAGUAACUGGAUUCCUAGCGAGUGCAAAUGACUGCGUUGAUUGGUCCGUAUGGACUUGGGUUGCUCCUUGCUCUGAAAACUGAUUUAAUAAAUAAAUAUUAAAUGCAAAAUAUA